CUUUCUCUUUCCACAACUUCAGACAUACCUUCUCUCUCCCUCUCUCUCUGAAUUAAGGUAAGAAAUGGCAAAGCUUAUUUUUGCAACACUGGGUGCAAUUUUCUUCAUGUGUUUGGCUAAGCUUGGCACAGCCACAGUGUACAAUGUUGGCGAUACAUCCGGUUGGGAUACUGGUGUAGAUUAUUCAAGCUGGGCAAGUGGGAAGACCUUCGCUGCUGGAGAUAGUCUUGUCUUCGCCUACGGGUCUGGAGCGCACACAGUGAACGAAGUGUCGGCAAAUGAUUACCAGUCAUGUUCCACAAGCAACUAUCUCAGCACCGACUCCAGCGGCUCGACAACGAUCACUCUCAAGACCGCCGGUACCCAUUACUUCGUCUGCGGAGUCCCCGGCCAUUGCAUCGGCGGCAUGAAGCUCGCCGUCACAGUCGGCGGCACCUCUUCUUCAACCGGUUCCUCCGCCACGCCUUCCACCCCCUCCACCACCACCACCGGCUACCACUAUUCCGCCGCCAUCAAAACACAGAUUCCUGCGGCGGUGGCCGGAUUGCUGAUGAUCAUAAUGGGUCGUCUUCUUUGAGAUUGGUGAAGUCAGGGUGGAGACAGUGCUCGCGCUCUCAUCAUCGUGAUCAGGAGUUAGUAGAAAUUUGACGGCUUAGAUCAGUUAGAUGUUAUCUCUUGAUUUUCCUCUUCUUUUUUAGAUAGAUUGUUGGUGCAUGAUUUGUGUUGAAAUUAUAUUAAUUAGUGGAUCUUUAAUUUGUGUUAACAAUUUAAUUACCAGCUUUUUAGUCAUGAGAUGUCAUAAUUGAGUGCUUAUUUAA